CGGCUUAAGCUUGAAGAACCCAAAAAAAAAAAAAACCCUAUUUCUUCGAUUUAUCGCUCAAAACCUAGUUACCCCUUUCUUCUCCUUCUUCUCCUUGAAAGAAAGAAAGAGAUGACUUCUCACAUACCUAUGGUGAUCCCUAAGCCGGAGCCAGUCACUGAUUCCUCCCCACAAACUCCGAUUCCACCCUCAUCCGUCUUCAAUUUCAACACCACCACCACCCAAUCUCCCCUCGACCCUAACUUGUACACGGAGUUCAACAACGUCGCCGAGACUUUCCGCUCCGCCUUCGCACAGCGCCUCAAACGCCACGAGGACGUCACGGUUCUCGAUUCCCUAACCGGCGCCAUCGUACCGGUUCCCGAGGAGCAAGAUCCGGAUCCGGAUCCGGUCAGUUACCCUUCGCAGUCCCUCAAGCCGCGUAAGCCUCAGGAGCGCUCGUCUGAGCUCGUGAGGAUCACCGACGUCGGCCCCGAGGGAGAGAGGCAGUUCCGGGAAGUCGUGAGGAAGACGAGGAUGAUCUACGACUCCCUCCGGAUCUUCUUGAUCCUCGAGGAGACGCGCGAAGAGCUCGUAAGGAGGAGAGGCAGGCCCGAUAGCAAAGCCGCGUCGAUGAUGAAAGAGCGUUUCCUUUGGCUCAACCGCGACAAACGCAUCGUCGGUUCGAUCCCCGGCGUCCAGGUCGGAGACAUCUUCUUCUUCAGGCUCGAGCUCUGCGUCAUGGGAUUGCACGGACAGACGCAGGCCGGGAUUGACUAUCUCAUUGGCUCCCGCAGCUCCAACGGAGAGCCGAUCGCCACCAGCGUGAUUGUCUCAGGUGGUUAUGAGGAUGAUGAUGAUCAAGGGGAUGUGAUUAUCUACACGGGACACGGAGGGCAGGACAAGCUCGGGAGGCAAGCUGAGCAUCAGAAGCUGGAAGGUGGGAACCUCGCUAUGGAGAGGAGUAUGUACUACGGGAUCGAAGUGAGAGUCGUUAGAGGUUUUAAGUACGAGAACUCUGUUUCUAGCAAAGUUUAUGUUUAUGAUGGUUUGUUUAGGAUCGUUGAUUCUUGGUUCGAUGUGGGGAAGUCUGGGUUCGGUGUUUUUAAAUUUAGGCUGGAGAGGAUCGGAGGACAGGUGGAGAUGGGGACGUCGGUGUUGAAGUUCGCCAAGACGCUUAAAACCAACCCUUUGUCUGUGAGACCGAGCGGUUACAUCAGCUUCGAUAUCUCCAACAGGAAGGAGAACGCUCCUGUGUAUCUGUUCAACGACGUUGAUGACGACCAGGAGCCGUUGUACUACGAGUAUCUCGCCACUACUUCUUUCCCUCGCGGCAUAUUGAGUAGUAGUAGUAGUGGUGGUGGUGAUAACGCGAGUGGGUGCGGCUGUGUCAACGGCUGUGGCAGCGGCUGCAUCUGCGAGAGGAAGAACGGAGGCGAGUUUGCUUAUGAUUACAACGGGAAUUUGAUAAGAAUGAGGCCGUUGGUGCAUGAGUGUGGACCUGGGUGUAAGUGCCCUCCGACGUGUCGGAACCGCGUGACUCAGAAGGGGUUGAGGAGUAGACUCGAGGUGUUUAGGUCGGUGGAGACUGGCUGGGGGGUUCGGUGUUUGGAUAUAUUGCACGCCGGCGCUUUUAUCUGCGAGUACGUCGGGGUUGCUUUGACGAGGGAGCAAGCCAACAUUCUGACAAUGAACGGCGAUACUUUGGUGUACCCUGCUCGGUUUUGUUCUGAUAGGUGGAAAGAUUGGGGAGAUUUGUCUCAGGUGUUUCCUGAUUACGAGCGGCCUUCGUAUCCUCAGAUCCCUCCGGUUGAUUACGCGAUGGAUGUUUCUAAGCUGAGGAAUGUUGCUUGUUACAUAAGCCACAGCAAUGAUUCGAAUGUGAUUGUACAGUUAGUACUGCAUGAUCACAACAAUCUGAUGUUCCCUCGUGUUAUGCUUUUCGCUGCUGAGAACAUUCCUCCCAUGACUGAGCUCAGCCUUGAUUAUGGAGUCUCUGAUGAUGAAUGGAGCCCCAAGCUCGCCAUUUGUAAUUAAAACUAUCAGGCCGCCGCCGCCUUAUUUUUUCCAAGAUUGUAAUCAAAGCCGUGGUAAAAAAUCGUUUUUUGGUUGGUCGCAUGAAGUAAGAAGAUGAAAGCAGUUUGUGGCAGAAUCAAGGUUUGAUAGAGACUCCAUUCCUCCCAUUUGUGUACGUUUUGAUGUUGUUUUGUGUAUGUUUGCACAAUUUGGGAGUCAAUGUUUUUUCGGGGUAUUAGUGUACAAAACUCAGAAGGAUGUUUCUUUGUCUGUAUCGGUUUGCUCUUGACAUGUCUAUGAAGUGAAGUGAAACAAUAUUAUCCUUCUUGUCUCUCUCAAAGUAUAUAAGAAUGCUGCUUUAUUGA